ACGACGAUUCAGUACAAUAUCGGCGCGCAACAGAGGCGUACACGUCGUUGCAACCCUUUGCUUGGAGUGUGCGUGGCCUUGGUUAAGGCCUCAGAGAGUUGACCUGCGGCAAACGGGAUUUUGGUAUACAUGGGUCCUAAAUCAGCAUCCACCAGACCUGCCAGCACUCACCUCGACCACAACGCCAAUUUGCGCAAUCUCAAGAGUAUCAAAUUCAAGUAAUCUCGAUCUUAUCCUAUCCCAAUUGCCGAUUGUGCAUUCGACCCUACGCGAUCUCAAGAGGACCAAGCGACCGGCAACGAAAGGAAGACAACUUGUAUACCGUGGUUUUGUUUUGAUCGACCGCUACACCGAUCGAUCGGAGGAUCUCAGGAUCUCUCAAAGCGGGUCAAGAAACGCGCGGACGAGGAAAAUACUGGAAGACGCAAGCAAUCGAUAGCGCAUUUUAUUACCCACCAGACGCAAUAUCCAAAGUAUACGAGUACAAGCCGUUACAUCCUGGGGUUUUGUAGAAUAUAAGAGUUUAGUUAAGUGGAACGUUGAUCGUUUACAUUUCUACCAGUGACGACAAUAAUAUCGAGAAAAUUACCGAGCUCUGUUUUGUUUAAUCGUAAUUCACGAUAGCAACAAUACCAUUGAGAUACAUCGCUGAGUUGUCGUAGAAACAACCAUCCUCAGUAUUCGUACAGUUCCAAUUUUGAAGCUGAAAAGGCAGUCAGCCUGCAACGUGAUAAGCAAACUGUAUAAAAAGAAUGAAUUUUGAAUAAUCCAGGAGUUGAUAACUUGGAUAAACGGAGCCUUAACAAUCCUUUGGAUUAUCAAAUUAGAAUCGUACACGUUCGAGGUUUGUUGGUGCAGCAUAAUACAUAGCCGUGAUACUCAAAUAAACGCCUACUCAUCAAUGUGUGUCAGGUGAAAACACUUUUCCUCGAUUGGUUUCAGAGAGUUUGAUUAGCGAUUACUUUACUGAGCAAACUUCCGACGUAUCACAGAGCAAUUCUCAGUACUGUAAUUAAUACGUCAAUCAAGAAUCUGAUUGAGUAUAAACGGACGAUAACUACCGCAACAAGUCAAGUCCGAACCUGUAAGUGGAACUCUUGAAACUGGGUUUACCCUGAAAGCGCGUAAAUCGCGCUUAUUUAUACACUUGUGGAAAAGAAAAAGCUCUAAAAGAAAAGAAAAUCUGAAAGCAAUUUCCUUCCUAAAAACCGAUCAAACGGCAACGAUACCGCUGAGAGGAAAUACUUGAGGACACCGCGACGCAGGCAUCGAACAAUAAGAAUGGUAGUAAAGGCCGAGGGAGCUAGAAAUGGCCACGAAUUGGCACCCCUGAAUGGCGAGGGUGGCCAGCCUGGUCAGGGCGGGGGACACAACGUGACAAUAGUUGUCGGGGGUAGUCAGGGUGGCGGUGGUCAGAAGACCAAGGAAGAGAACCGGGCAGCAUGGAGUGGAAAGAUGCAAUUCUUCCUCAGCAUCAUCGGGUACAGCGUUGGCCUGGGAAACAUUUGGAGGUUUCCUUACCUUUGCCAGCAAAAUGGAGGGGGGGCCUUUCUCAUUCCAUUUUUCGUGAUGUUGAUCCUCGAAGGAGUGCCUUUGUUCCUGAUAGAACUAGGAAUCGGACAGAAAAUGAGACAAGGAGCCCUGGGAGUCUGGAACACGAUACACCCUUGGCUCGGAGGUAUAGGUAUUGCCUCCUGCAUCGUCACCUUCUUCGUAGCACUUUACUACAACGUUAUCAUUGCCUGGUGUUUCUACUACCUCGUGAACUCCUUGCAGGCUGUGACGGUUAAAUUUGGCGAACCGCUACCCUGGGAAACGUGUCCCAUGGUGAACAAUAAGUCCGUCGAAGAAUGCGCGAAGAGUUCAGAAACCGCUUAUUUCUGGUACAGAACAACCUUGGACGCCGCGCCUUCCAUUGAAGAUGGACAAGGGUUGAAAUGGUGGAUCGUCGUGUGCCUCCUCAUCAGUUGGAUCAUCGUUUUCUUCAUCGUCAUGAAGGGGAUUCAAUCGUCGGGAAAAGUCGUUUACUUCACUUCAAUGUUUCCGUAUCUAGUACUGACCAUCUUCUUCAUCAGAGGAAUAACACUGAAGGGUGCGAGCGCGGGAUUGGUUCACAUGUAUACUCCGAAGGUGGAAAUGCUGUUGAAACCUACUGUUUGGUUGGAUGCAGCGACCCAAGUAUUCUACAGCUUUGGUCUUGCUUUUGGAUCCUUGAUAGCAUUCGGCAGCUACAACACUCCGGACAACAAUUGUGUUCGUGAUGUCAUCCUCGUUAGCGUCUGCAACGCGUUCACUGCGAUCUAUGCCAGUGUUGUAAUAUUCGCGAUUUUGGGAUUCAAGGCGAUGAGUAACGUCGAUAAGUGCAUUGCUGGCAAUAAAGAACUGCUGUCAUUCAAUGGACUACUGUUGUCCAAUUCAACGGAUGAACAGUACGAAGACAUAGUAGCCAAUUUCAAUUUUACGGCCGAAAAUUUCACCAUAGCAACCUGUAAUCUUGAAGAACAGCUUAACGCGGCUGCCGAAGGAACUGGUUUGGCGUUUAUAGUUUUCACUCAAGCGAUAGUGGAGCUACCAGGUGCGCCAUUUUGGUCCUGUAUCUUUUUCUUGAUGCUGCUAGCCUUGGGUUUGGGAUCGCAGAUCGGGAUUCUCGAAGGGAUGCUCUGCGUGAUCUUUGAUAUAGACCUCUUUAAGAGAGUUAAAAAACAGUACAUCACCGCUGUUGUCUGCAUCAUCUGCUUCUGCGUCGGUUUGAUAUUCACCACCGGGGCUGGCGAAUACUGGUUGAAGAUGUUCGACAGCUUUGCCGGUACAAUAGGACUGGUCGUUGUCGGAUUGAUGGAAAUGGUGGCAGUAAUUUACAUCUACGGACACGAGAAGUUCACCAAGGACAUUGAGGACAUGACAGGGUAUCGACCUGGGUUGUAUUGGCAGGUGACGUGGAGAUUCUUGGCGCCCCUGAUCAUGGUGGGGAUUCUCGUUUCCAGCAUCGUUUGCAUGUUCAUUAAAAAGCCGGAAUAUUCGGCCUGGGAUGCGACGAAAGGAAUGAGCGUUCCCACAAGCUAUCCAAGCUGGGUUCUCGUCAUUGCAGUGAUCAUCGUGAUCGCUGGUGUAGCGCCAAUGCCGAUAGUAUUCUUCCUGAGAAGAUUCCAGUGCGUUAAACUCGACGUCGACAUCCACCAGGGUAGCAUUCGACGUAUUGAUACGACUGUCUCAACGAAGGAAAUGAUGGGCGACGUUGACCUGGACGAGUACCAUGACAGGCUCGAGGAUUUCCCUGAGGAAGAGGAAGACGAGGACUACAAUAGCGACAACGAUAAAAACACAGCACCGUCUUCGGCGAGGUUGGUCGCGAACCAGAUGAAGGGAAAGGCUUUCAAGAUGGAAGUGAUGGACUUUUGAAGGGACCUCCACCCUGUCGCGAUGACCGUUCAUCCUUUCAUAACCCCUCAUCUUAGUAGAUAACGUGACCUUCAAACUCAGAAAAAGAGCCAAGGUUCCUGCAAAGCAUUUGGGCAUGCGGUAGUAGACGCAGGAUUACAAACUUAGCACUUCCGGCAUGUACAGUCACUGCUCGCCGAGUGACUUUCUUUCCUUCCGAUAGUACAAUAAUGUUGGCUCUGUAUAAUCCAAUUGUCGGCCGCCCUAUUAUUACACGUACAACAUACCGAAGGGAAUUCCGUGAGGAUUCGAGGUUCACUAAGAGAGAUUCUGGCUCUAUCCGCGCUAACAAUAUAGACCAGGGGUAGAUCUAUUAUUCGAAACUUUGAAGAGCUGAUUAGGAAUGGCUGUUUCGUUACGUCAAUGACUGUCGGGAUCUGCUUUGUGUAUAGAAUGAAUACACGGAUACGGCUCCGCUAGAUUUGAACAAUUAAACGUUGACUCACAAAGCCUAAUAGAACCUAGGCGAAUAAAUUGGGAAUAACGAACAUCAUUUUCGCAGUAACGGACGAAUCGCGCCGUUUAGCACCAUUCGACGUUUAAGGUGCGUCUUGUUGCGGCCUCGGAUCUUAUCUUUAACAAAUCCCGCAAAGAUAGCAUCGAGCAGUCGGUCUUUGGGUCUUGAACUUGCAGGUGCGUUAAGAAGCGAAUCCUGACAAGUCGCAUUGACAGUUUUUAAUAAAAAUUUCAAGAAAUGGGAGACGUUUUUAUUGCUAAAUGAAUCAGUUUGAAACGGCACAGUGGUUUUCGAGUGGCCAUAAAGUUUUGUGAUCUUAAUCUCAGUGUUAUGGCUGGCUCUACAUCGCAGACUCAAAACGAGAAGUAUGCUUUGCACGAAUGAAGAGCGAACGUAAAACGGUGCAUUUUCGAAGUAUUGUAUGUUACUCUCUCCGCAAUUUCACUUCUUCAAUUAUCUGCACUUCACGCAGAAGUGCUGUGUUCCUUGUUCCUGUGAUCCUUUAAAAGCAAUACCUAUUCUAUGCGAAUACAUCAUGAUUCUAGAGAGACGGAUGUCAAAACAUACUCUUCUCUUCUCAAGUCUUAUGCAAUCUUCACUGCGAACUGGUAAAAAAUACUCGCGCAACGCUUAAGACGAAUUCAAUGUAACAAACAUUCUUCGAGUCUUGGGAUAAUUCUACUCGCGUCACGGACCGCUAUUUUUUUUUCUCCAACACCUUUUAUCGUCCAUUUCAUUCUUCAACACCGGUUGAACAACAAAAGAGCGAAACGCGGAUCGAAAAUUAUUGAAAUUCGUUCUUUUUUUCUUUUUUGUUGCCUUCGG